AUGAUAUUUUUUGUAUGGUCGCUCGUGUUGUCAGCUGUGCAAUUUGCACGACGUCAACGUUUGCUAUCAGUACUGAACGAAUAUUUCAUUUCGAAUCAUGCGACUAAUUCUGUUCUUAUCUGCCAACCAGUUCAGUUUUUGUCAUGCUUUUCGGCAAAUAUUGAAAGUCACGAAACUUCAAAUUGUAAUUUGGAUACGUUGAGGAAAGCAAAUAGUGAGCCAUGUCUUCCAGAUGCAUCCAUUCCUACUCUUAUUUAUCGUACGGAAGAAGUGGAAUUUCUUGUAAAAUCUAGUGCUGUAAGAGACAACAAAAAAUGGUUCCGAUAA